CCUACUUGAGGAGUAUAUAAAUAGCAGUAGCUCCGCAGCCGCCACACAACGCUGCCCGCCUUCCUCACCCGAUCAUCACACCGGAAAGAAGGACCUCCGCUGAGUCAAGAUGCGCGAAUGUAUAUCCAUUCAUGUCGGCCAAGCCGGAACCCAGAUGGGCAAUGCCUGCUGGGAACUCUACUGUCUUGAGCAUGGCAUCCAGCCUGACGGUCAGAUGCCUAGCAGCAAGACCAUGGGCGGAGGCGAUGACUCGUUUAACACCUUCUUCAGUGAGACUGGAGCAGGCAAACAUGUCCCCAGGGCAGUUUUUGUCGACCUGGAGCCAACAGUCAUCGAUGAAGUGCGUACAGGCACAUACCGCCAGCUCUUCCACCCUGAGCAGCUGAUCACUGGUAAGGAGGACGCAGCCAACAACUAUGCUCGUGGUCACUACACCGUUGGGAAGGAGAUCAUUGAUCUGGUCCUGGACAGAACUCGUAAACUGGCUGACCAGUGCACUGGGCUACAGGGUUUUCUAAUUUUCCACUCCUUUGGAGGAGGAACUGGCUCAGGCUUCACCUCUCUGCUCAUGGAGCGUCUCUCUGUCGACUAUGGCAAAAAGUCCAAGCUAGAGUUUGCAGUGUACCCAGCUCCUCAAGUGUCCACAGCUGUGGUGGAGCCAUACAACUCCAUCUUGACCACCCACACCACCCUGGAGCACUCUGACUGCGCCUUCAUGGUGGACAAUGAGGCCAUCUACGACAUCUGCCGCAGGAACCUGGACAUCGAGCGUCCUUCCUACACCAACCUCAACAGGCUGAUUGGCCAGAUCGUCUCCUCCAUCACCGCCUCCCUGCGCUUCGAUGGUGCCCUGAACGUCGACCUGACAGAGUUCCAGACCAACUUGGUGCCCUACCCUCGUAUCCAUUUCCCUCUGGCCACCUAUGCCCCAGUUAUCUCUGCAGAGAAAGCCUAUCACGAGCAGCUAUCAGUAGCAGAGAUCACCAACGCCUGCUUCGAGCCAGCCAAUCAGAUGGUGAAGUGCGACCCUCGUCAUGGUAAGUACAUGGCUUGCUGCCUCCUGUACCGUGGAGAUGUGGUGCCUAAGGAUGUCAACUCUGCCAUCGCCACCAUCAAGACCAAGCGCACCAUCCAGUUUGUGGACUGGUGUCCCACAGGCUUCAAGGUGGGCAUCAACUACCAGCCCCCCACUGUGGUUCCUGGUGGAGACCUGGCCAAAGUGCAGAGAGCUGUGUGCAUGCUGAGCAACACCACUGCCAUCGCAGAGGCCUGGGCUCGACUGGACCACAAGUUCGACCUCAUGUACGCCAAGAGGGCCUUCGUCCACUGGUACGUGGGAGAGGGAAUGGAGGAGGGAGAGUUCUCUGAGGCCAGGGAGGACAUGGCUGCYCUGGAGAAGGAUUACGAAGAGGUUGGAGCCGACAGUGUUGGCGAGGAGGAUGAAGGCGAAGAGUAUUAGAUGACUCAUUGAUGUUCUCUUCCUUCAAUAAAGUUACAGCUGUUCUAUUUUCCGUGCUCUUGGUUUCAGUGAUCAACUGUGAAUAAAUCAUCUGAUGUGUUCACUCUGGGUCUUUCUAAACGCACUAUUAUUUUUGUAAUUGCAUUUGAAAUGUAAGAAGCCUAAACUGAGGAGUAUUGAAUGACCAGUUCUGUAUGUUCAUUUGUUUUUUUCAUUAAAUAUAGUUAUAAAUGUUACAGCCA